UUUUAUUAAUAUGCACGAGAAAGCAUAACCUUCUCUUCCUUCGUUACACGUAACUACUAAUCCAAAUAUGAAUUCGACCAAAAGAAUACACGCAAGAAUGAUUAUAGAACCGAAUGUUAAGGACAUUAUAUCAUUGCCAAGAGCACAGCAAAUGGGGUCGUAUAAUCAAUAGUUUCGAAGAGUUCCUUUAAAGCUGAAUCCAAAAGUUGUGCAAGCCUUUUCGCCGUAUUAAAGCUAUUCAAUUAUUGUAUUUAUUGUUGAGAUGAUUUAAAGAGUUUUAGCGAUUUCCUUUAUGAGAAACAUAAAAAAGAGAAACAGCUCUAAAAAUUAAAGGAAAAGAAACAAUUGGAAAAAUUAAAGGACAUUUAGCACAAAGAAAAAAUUAAGUACUUUCAAUAAGAGGAUGAAAACAAUGAGGAUAUAAUUGACUCGAUAAUGGAGAAGGUUAGGGUGGAAUUGGGACAACAACAAAUGUAAUCUAAUUUUAUAACAAAUUGA